CACCCCUCUCUGCAGUAUGCACGUUCGUCAGGGAAUCCGCGAAGCGCUCACGUCCCAGCAGAGUACUCCACCGGCCAGAGACCAUCUACCAAAGAGCCGAGGAUAAUAAAAGUGGAUGUGGCAGGCGGACAGGAGGCGGAAAGCCCGGAGUGACCGGAGGAAUACAGUAUUAAUACAGGAAUACAGGCUGCCACUCUCCUCUGAACGUGGACAAUCAUGCAUGUGCUCUUCUGGGGCUUGGGGUUCCUGCUAUUCCCUGAUUUCUUGAAUGUAGUCGCAUCUACGGGAAAAUUGCUUUUAAACUCAAGCACAGUAAAAGACGAGAUCGGCGUUUAUGAGAUUGUAACACCGGUGCGGGUUAAUGAAGCCGGUGACAAGUUUCCAACUAGUGUACACUUCAAGAGAAAAAGACGAAGUUUGGACGACAGCACCGGCAACACCACGGAUCACUGGGCCUCGCCAAAUAUUCACUACAGGAUAUCUGCUUUUGGACAAAAUUAUCACCUCAAUCUCACGCUGGAUUCGGGAUUUAUCGCACCUCUUUACACUGUGACAGUACUUGGAGUACCCCGAGGAGAUAACAUAACGGAUUUUGCAACAGAUGGGGAGGUAGAAGAGGAGGAGGAGGAGGACACGGAGUUAAGGCACUGCUUCUAUAAGGGACAAGUAAAUGCACAAGCAGAACAUGCCGCGGUCAUCAGUUUGUGCUCCGGACUGCUUGGCACUUUCAGGUCUCCAGAUGGGGAGUAUUUUGUUGAGCCCCUACACAGCUAUCAAGGAGAACACUAUGAAGAGGAACACACAAAACCUCAUAUUGUAUACAGGAAGAGUGCACCCAAGAAACAGUCAUCUGAGGACAACUCAGCUUGUGACACUUCAGGACACAAACACAGACACAAGAGACACAAGCUUAAAAGAAAACCGGUGGCUGAAGUGACCAUUGUGUCCAGUGCAGCCCCUGUGGUCAGUGCUGGGAUCUUCAAUGACUUGGAGUCGCUGAGUGCUGGCCUGGCCAGCGAUCCUCUGCUCAGAUCACAGGGCAGCAGUGCUAGCACUCGACCAUCAAAUGAUAGCAGCGGUGACUCAGGACCUCACAGGAGAUCAAAGCGCUUCCUCUCCUACCCGCGCUUCGUUGAAGUCAUGCUGGUGGCCGACAGCAAAAUGGUGGAGCAUCACGGCAGCAAUCUACAGCACUACAUACUCACAUUAAUGUCUAUCGUAUCCUCCAUCUACAAAGAUCCCAGCAUUGGCAACUUGAUCAACAUUGUGAUUGUAAAGUUAGUUAUAAUAAACAACGAGCUGGAGGGUCCAGUCAUUUCUUUUAAUGCACAGACCACUUUAAAGAACUUCUGCAUUUGGCAGCAGAGCCAGAACAUCCUGGAUGAUAAUCAUCAUUCACAUCACGACACUGCCAUCCUCAUCACUAGGCAGGAUAUAUGCAGAGCAAGGGAUAAGUGUGACACCUUAGGACUUGCAGAAUUGGGUACUGUGUGUGAUCCAUACAGGAGCUGCAGCAUAAGUGAGGACAAUGGACUCAGCACUGCCUUCACCAUUGCCCAUGAACUUGGCCAUGUGUUCAACAUGCCUCAUGAUGACAGUAACAAGUGUAAAGAGGAUGGCGUUAAGAUUCAGCAACAUGUGAUGGCUCCCACACUAAACUACAACACAAACCCCUGGAUGUGGUCCAAGUGUAGCAGGAAGUACAUCACAGAGUUCCUCGACACAGGAUAUGGUGAAUGCUUGCUUGAUGAGCCCGUUUCUAGGCCAUACAGUCUCUCGCAGCAGCUGCCAGGACGGAUAUACAAUGUCAAUAAACAGUGUGAAUUGAUAUUUGGGCCAGGAACGCAGGUGUGCCCCUAUAUGACCCAGUGUAGGAGGCUGUGGUGCACCAGUCCUGAGGGAGCCCAAAGAGGCUGCAGGACUCAGCAUAUGCCCUGGGCAGAUGGCACUGACUGCUCUCCAGGAAAGCACUGCAAACAUGGCCUGUGUAUAGCCAAAGAGCAUGACGCCACACCUGUGGAGGGGGCAUGGGGAGUUUGGAGUCCCUUUGGUACCUGUUCGCGAACAUGCGGCGGGGGAAUCAAGAUUGCCGUGCGUGAAUGCAACCGACCCGUGCCCAGGAAUGGAGGAAUGUAUUGUGUUGGACGCAGGAUGAAGUUUCGAUCCUGUAACUCUGAGCCGUGCUCCAGGCAGAAGAAAGACUUCAGGGAGGAGCAAUGUGCAGCUUUUGAUGGCAGGCACUUUAACAUCAACGGUCUACCUCCUAAUGUGCGCUGGGUACCCAAGUACAGCGGAAUCCUGAUGAAAGACAGGUGUAAGCUGUUCUGCAGGGUGGCUGGAAGCACAGCCUACUAUCAGCUCAGGGACAGGGUCAUUGAUGGCACACCAUGUGGACCUGAUACCAACGACAUCUGUGUCCAGGGCCUGUGCAGGCAAGCAGGCUGUGACCAUGUAUUGAACUCUAAAGCCAGAAGGGACAAGUGUGGUGUGUGUGGAGGUGACAAUUCUUCCUGCAAAACUGUGGCAGGCACCUUCAACAUUGUCCGCUAUGGUUAUAAUGAAGUUGUGCGGAUACCCAAUGGUGCUACAAAUAUCGAUGUGCGUCAACACAGCUAUUCAGGGAAACCAGAUGAUGACAACUACCUCGCCAUAUCAAAUAGCCGUGGAGAGUUCCUGCUUAAUGGAGAGUUUGUGGUCAGCAUGUUCAAAAGGGAAAUCAAAGUGGGAAAUGCCGUCAUAGAGUACAGUGGCUCUGACCAUGUCAUUGAGAGGAUCAACUGUACUGAGCGCAUUGAGGAGGAGAUCAUUGUCCAGGUGCUGUCUGUGGGGAACCUUUACAACCCAGAUGUCAGGUACUCUUUUAACAUCCCCAUAGAGGACAAACCACAGCAGUUCUUCUGGGAUGCCUAUGGGCCCUGGCAGGAGUGCAGCCGUCUAUGCCAAGGAGAACGUAAGCGAAAGAUUCUCUGUAGCAGAGAGUCUGACAGGGUUGUGGUGUCAGACCAAAGGUGUCAUGGUACAGCUCGGCCUGCUGUCAUCACUGAGUCAUGCAACACUGAAUGUGAACUCAGGUGGCAUGUGGCUCGUAAGAGUGAGUGCACAGCUCAGUGUGGACUGGGAUAUCGUACCCUGGAAAUAUACUGUGCCAAAAUCAGCCGUACAGAUGGGAAGACACAAAAAGUCGAUGACCGUUAUUGUAGCAGUCAGCGCAAGCCUGAUGACAAAGAAGGCUGUCAUGGAGACUGUAAUCCUGGUGGCUGGGAGUACUCAUCUUGGUCAGAGUGCUCAAAGAGCUGUGGAGGGGGAACCCGCCGUCGAGGGGCAGUGUGUCGAAAGGCAUCUGAGGCUGGCGGUGAUGAGAGCAAAUGCAGUCAAAGGGACAAGCUGACCGUCCAACCCUGCAAUGAAUUCCUCUGUCCACAAUGGAAGACGGGAGACUGGUCUGAGUGCCUUGUGACAUGUGGGAAAGGCUAUAAGCAUCGCCAGACAUGGUGUCAGUUUGGUGAGGACCGUUUAGAUGACCGCUUCUGUGGCUCAUCUAAACCUGAAUCUGUGCAGACUUGCCAGCAGCAGGAGUGUGCCUCCUGGCAGGUCGGCCCCUGGGGACAGUGCACUACCUCGUGUGGGCCAGGCUACCAGAUGCGAGCAGUGAAGUGUGUAGUUGGCUCUUAUGGUGCUGUCAUGGAUGACACUGAAUGUAAUGCAGCCACCCGGCCUACUGACACCCAGGACUGUGAACUGGCCCAGUGUCCCAGCAACCAUCCUGUUCUCCCAGGGGCCAAAGUCCCCUCCAACCAGGCCCACAAAACUCAGUGGCGGUUUGGUUCAUGGACGCAGUGUAGCGCCAGCUGUGGCAAAGGGACACGGAUGCGGUAUGUGAGUUGCCGUGACAACCAGGGUGGUGUGGCAGAGGAGUCGGCGUGCGCCCACCUACCAAAACCUCCUGCUAGGGAAGUGUGCUCAGUGGUGGCCUGCGGACAGUGGAAAGUGCUGGAGUGGACGGUGUGCUCUGUAACCUGUGGUCAGGGGAAGACAACACGGCAGGUACUGUGUGUCAACUUUAGUGACCAAGAAGUGAAUGAGAGUGAGUGUGACCCAGAUGAUCGUCCCACCACAGAGCAGGACUGUGCUAUGUCUCAGUGCCCCACCCGCAGCAGUGACUCUCGACCUUUCCCAUCCUCCCCGAACACCGGCGGCAGAAACAAUCUGCCACGAAGCCAAUCCCACCAAUGGAGAACUGGACCGUGGGGCGCGUGUUCCAGCACAUGUGCAGGAGGUUUCCAGCGGCGCGUCGUAGUGUGCCAGGAUGAGAAUGGGUACCAUGCCAAUAGCUGUGAAGACCGCAGUCGGCCCAGUGAACAGCGAUCCUGUGAGUCAGGGCCAUGUCCACAGUGGAUCUAUGGCAACUGGGGAGAGUGCACCAAGCCAUGUGGAGGAGGGAUAAGGACGAGGCUGGUGGUGUGUCAGCGUCCAAAUGGCGAGCGUUUUAAUGAUCUGAGCUGCGAGAUCCAUGACAAGCCACCAGAUCGUGAGCAGUGCAAUACUCAGCCGUGCCCGUCUAGCCCCCACUGGAGCACAGACCCAUGGAGCUCGUGCUCGGCCUCCUGCGGAAGAGGUUUCAAGUCCCGUAAGGUGAGCUGUGUCACUGGGUCGGGCCGUCUUGUCUCGGAGGAAAAUUGCCAGCCCCUGUCCCCCAAACCCAGCAAACAGAGGCGCUGCCGGGGAGGAAGAUGUCCCAAAUGGAAGACAGGCGAGUGGGGAGAGUGUUCAGCAUCCUGUGGGGACGGCAUCCAGCGUCGAGAGGUGUUCUGCCAGCUCGGAGGCCGACGAAGCCCAGAGGAGAGCGGCUGUCCUCAGCGGUCCAGGCCGGCAUCCAGCCAGAGCUGCCGGGUCGCUGACUGUCCCUCCCGGUACCGGUGGAAAGAGGGAAAGUGGCAGACGUGCAGCAAGUCGUGUGGGAUGGGCCACCGAAGAAGAGCCCUGCAGUGUGUGGACCACAACAAGGAGGAGGUACAUGAGAUCUACUGCGUGAACCAGAUCAGACCUCCAGACAUUGAAAGCUGCAACACCCAGGCCUGUGAGUUCAUCUGGAUCACAGGAGAAUGGACUGAGUGCUCAUCCAGCUGUGGCCAGGGCUACCGUCAACGUCUGGUCUCUUGCAGCGAGGUGCAUGUGGAGAAUGACAACUACGAGUAUGGCCAUCAGUCUCUGUCCAACUGUCCAGGGACCCCCCCUGAGAGCUACAUGCCUUGUAAUUUGGACCCAUGCCCGCCUACACAGGAGUGGAGAGUUGGAAUCUGGGGUCUGUGUUCAGCCAGCUGCGGAGAGGGAGUGAUGGAGAGGACUGUGCAAUGCGUGUCAGCAGACGGCCAGCAAAGCGAUAAGUGUUCCGUCGAUGCCGUUCCAGAAGCCAGAAAAAUCUGCAGAAAUCCAAGCUGCCACUUGCCCUCUAGCUGUCUAGAUGUCCGGAGUUUGAACGGCCCAAUCCCAGACAGCGAACAAGUCCUCAAUGUUCAAGGAAAGGAAAUAAAGGUCUACUGUGCAGGAAUGCAGACAGAGGCUCCACAGGAGUACAUUUCCUUGACAACUGGAGGAGGGGAGAAUUUUUCAGAGAUAUUUGCCUUCAGGCUUAAUGAUCCCACUCAGUGUCCAGCCAAUGGUUCAAGAAGAGAAGACUGUGACUGUCGGAGAGACUACACCGCCGCUGGCAUAACAACCUUCUCUAAAGUCCGCCUGGACCUCAGUAAUAUGAACAUCAUCACUACAGAUUGGCAGUUUGCUCUUACCAGGGAAGGCAAGAGAGUCCCGUUUGCUACAGCUGGAGACUGCUACAGUGGAGCUCGAUGUCCACAGGGGCAAUUCAGGAUCAACCUCUCAGGAACAGGCUUUAAGGUGGCUGAUGAUGCCUCAUGGAUCUCCCAGGGCAACUAUGCAGUGACUGAUAUACAAAAAUCACAGGAUGGCAGCAGAGUGUCAGGAUUGUGUGGAGGCUACUGUGGCAAAUGUACACCCUCAUCCAUCUCCAGUCUGCCUGUUACUGUGGAAAUGCUCUAAUACCUACAGGUGCUCGUUGUGUCCAAGUUUCCCUCAUCUUUGGUGCUACAGACCCGUCCUUCACAUGACCUCUUCAGCUCUUGUGUGUGUAUAGUGUAAAUUAGUCUGGUGUAAGUACUGUACAUAGAAGGAAUGUCGUAUUUAUUAUACUCUCCAUUUAUUUUUGUAUGAUAUAAUUUAACAGUGUUGUUGUGUAUUUUCAUAUCUGCCAUUUGGAAUUUUUAGAUCUGUCAUUAUGCCACACUAUAAGCCAUAUGUUGCUGUUGAGAUCCUUUUCUUUCUGUUGUUCUCAUUCAGAUAAUGUCAUUAUGCAGGGAGGUGUCAUUGAUCAGUGGAUCUUUUUUGAUAUGUGGCACAUAUGGAGAUGACUUAUACAACCUUUUUUACACUGUGUGCUGUUGGGCAGCUCUGUGAGAAGACUUAUAGGUCUGGUAAAGCGCUCUUUUUCUUUUUGUCAAUGGAUUUCCUCAUCUUACAUUCUUUACAUUGCUACUAUAUGGAUGGCCAUAGUGAAUCUUAUUUCCUACACUAGAUAGAGUCUGUUGAAGUCAAAGAAACUUGGUACCUCACACAGCAGGACCCUUUUCAUAACAAACUGGAUCAUGCAACUGCAACCACAAGUCUUUAUAGAACUGAGAAGGGAGAGUAAGCACCAGUAUAGUCUUAAGUAUGAAAAAUUGAAGAUCCCUUCAUGCUUUUGGCAUAUUAUCAGAAAAAGAAACACAGUUUUGACCUUUUGAGAUAUGAGGAUGUUUUUGAAAGCUCUCUUGGCAUAUCAGAAGUCUUAUUGAAGUGUGGAAGUGGGAUCUAAAAGCCAGACAUAGGGAGGAAAUAAGAUGUUUACUCUCACACAAACAUACUAGAACACUUUAAUGGAUCAUAAAGAAAUGCUAAAAGCUUCAAAAGCUUGAAACAUUAUUCUGCGAGGCAUCAGCGAGAACCACGUUCUUGUGUGUUCAUGCAGGAACAGAGCGAGCCAUUAGCCUCUAGCUCUUGCAGAGCAAACAGGUUUUCUUAUCUGGAGCAGCAUUAAAGAAAUACUUCACCUUGGGAUACAGGAGAUAUGAUGCACUGGUCUGGCCUUAGGGACACCUCUUAAACUGCUCACAGGCUCUGUGGUGUGAUGUCUGACCAGCUGCUGCCUGCACAGAAAAAUACUGUACCUCACAUUUUUCUUUCCACCUUUGUUUUUAAGCAUCCUCCUCAACUAAACAUUUAGUUUUCAUCCGUCUGAGUUAUUUUGUGACACUUUCAGGGUACUUUUUUUAAGUGUUUUUGCAACAGUACACUUCUUACAUCCUCAGAGCCUUAACUGUGUGUAUGGUAAAUAUUUAGGGUACAUUUUGUAUCUAGAACUUCUUCUAAAGCCAUAUUUUAUCUUGUAAUACUCUCUUUAUAUUGUGUUAUUUCAGUGCCUUGUGUAAUAAUAUGCAACCAAAGGGAAUUUCACAGUCUUACUGUGUUACUUUACUUGUAUAAAACCAGUUCAACAGAUGGUGUAGUAAACAUAUGUGCCUUAACAGCUGAAACUGAACAAUGCACUCCUCAUUGUGAAUGUCAAAACGUAGUUCAGUCCACAAAUUUCUCAGGUGUCAUAAAUGAAGGGAUUAUUAUGAUAUUGAAGUUUAUUUAUCUUAUUUUACACAUUUGUCUGUUAAUCAAAUUACUGAAAUGUAUUAUUGACUUUAAACUACAAAACAUAAAUGUUCUUUUUAUAUGAAAAUAUUUAUU